AUGUCUGGAACGCAAAUCGACUCUUUUAAUGUCGAGGAGGUCCCCACGCCCUAUACACAACGUCCAAGAGUGAGUGAAUAUGUUGGGGCUCCGGUCGAGGUGGAGAAGAGCCAUCGGCCCGCAGUGCAGACAAAUACUGAAGCGAUUUUCAAUAUGCUAAAUGCUGCUUUGGGCGUCUCUCUCCUAGCGAUAGCUGGCGUGUGCUUGAAGAUUGGACUAGUACCAGCCAUGCUUCUCUACGGUGUCUCGUGCUUUCUCAACAGAUAUACCUUGCACUUGGUCUAUCGUUCAUGCCAAAUUGCGAAAGUCAAAGUGUCCUACCCCGAUGUGGCCAGGGCAUGCUUCGGGACGAGUGGCUUUGGUGUGUGCGCUAUCAUCAUGACUUCUCAGAUGUGUAUCACCUCUACUGCCUACGUUGUAACUGUUGCUGAAGUCCUGCAGAAUGCCUUCGGUUGGGAGCGUCCAGAAGGAGCAACUCUUUUGGGUAUGCUGCUCUUGAUUCCCUUCACCCUUAUCAGGUCAUUAAAGCGCAUUGCGGUCCUCUCCACUGUGGCCACAGUCGCUUGUUUAAUUGAGAUGGUUGCCAUAGCCGGACCAUGCUAUUGGGACUACUUCACAGGAAAUACUUUAGUUGAGCGCAAAGGUGUCAACCUGGGUGAGCCAGAGAAUAUGGUCUAUUUUGACCUCACAUUCCCAAAGCUUAUUCAGGUGACCCCAAUCAUUUUGCUGGCAUAUGCCACGCAAUCAUCCGCACCAAUUAUAUUGGCUUCCUUGGAGAACGACUCCUGGGAGAAUGUCAGGAAAAUCACUGGCUUCGUCUAUGUGGUUCUCUAUGCCAUCUCAGUAGUCUUUGGUCAUUCAGUGUAUAUGCGCUUCACAAACUUCUGCACCGACAAUGCCUUGACGACAAUAGGUCAAAGACCGAUUGAUCAAGUGGCAAUAUGGUGUGGCUUUCUUCUCGUUUUCAUCUCCUAUAUCUUCAUGCAGUUUCCUAUACGGAAUGUCUUGAUGAGUGCAUGCCUUGGAAAGGAUGAGAUUGAACGAGAAGCACCUUACUCGACCUUUGUAGCUGUGACCAUGUCCUUGAACUGCACUUUGCUGCUGUGUGCCAUGGCGGCUAUAAAGUUAGGAGGUUUGACCCUUGUGUUGCGAUUCGGUGGAGGCUUUUGUGCCACUUUGAUGGCCAUGGUAUUCCCGCCACUUCUCUUCGUGCGAGUUCGUGCGACACGAGGCUGGAAUACUCGUGUGGUUUGUGGCAGUAGAGGUGGAUUGGCAAUAAUCUUGGCCAUCGGCACCAGUUGCUGGAUGUUAAGCAACUACUCUUUGACUACCGAUGUGCUGACACAGAUGGGUAUUCUUAGCCCGCCUGCGGAUGAUACGACCAAUACUACCGCUGAGAUUCUGGAGGCCUUUGGAUCAGUAGUGAGCAUACUGUGA